AUGCAGGAAGAGUUCGACGCUCUCCAGCAGAACCGUACCUGGACACUGGUUCCCCGGCCUCCUCGUGCCAACGUCAUCACCGGCAAGUGGGUCUUUUGCCACAAGACCCGCUCGGAUGGUACACUUGAGCGCUACAAGGCUCGCUGGGUGGUUCGUGGUUUCCGACAGCGCGCUGGAGUUGACUUCACUGAGACGUUUGCCCCGGUUGUUAAACCGGGCACGAUCCGCACUGUCCUCCAGCUUGCGGUGUCCCGAGGCUGGCCAGUUCACCAGAUGGAUGUCUCCAACGCCUUCCUCCACGGCCAUCUUGAGGAGCAGGUUUAUUGUGAGCAGCCCACCGGUUUCGUCGACGCAUCUCUUCUUGGUCAUGUGUGUUUGCUGUCCCGGUCUCUUUACGGGCUCAAGCAAGCACCCCGCGCCUGGUACCAGCAGAUCGCCGGGUUUCUUCAGACACUGGGCUUCAGCGUCACUCGCUCGGAUGCCUCACUAUUUGUCUAUCGCCACGGUGACACUACUGCAUAUUUGCUCCUCUACGUCGAUGACAUUAUCCUGACGGCCUCCUCCGCAGCUCUUCUUCAGCAGAUUACUCUUCGGCUGCGUGACGAGUUUGCCAUCAAGGACUUGGGUGCUCUACAUUAUUUCCUUGGCAUUGAAGUUGUUCGGCGACCGGACGACUUCUUUCUUCUUCAGCAGGAGUAUGCGCACGAGCUCCUUGAGCGUGCUGGUAUGCUCAACUGUCACCCUGUUGCUACUCCUGUUGACACGAAGGCCAAGGUUUCUGCUCUUGAGGCCUCGCCAGCGUCGGAUGCUCCCUUCUACCGGUCUAUCGUCGGUGCUCUUCAGUAUCUAAGUUUCACUAGACCGGAUCUCCAGUAUGCUGUUCAGGAGGUGUGCCUCCACAUGCACGCCCCUCGUGACUCCCAUUGGACUCUCAUGAAGCGGAUCCUCCGCUACAUUCGCGGCACGAUGACUCUUGGGCUCACCCUCACGGCGUCCACUUCUUUGGAGAUGGUGGCCUACUCCGACGCGGACUGGGCUGGCUGCCCCGACACCCGUCGGUUUACCUCUGGCUAUUGCGUUUACCUCGGUCCCUCACUCGUCUCGUGGUCGUCCAAGCGACAACCCAUGGUUUCGCGCUCCAGCGCGGAGGCUGAGUACCGAGCUGUGGCUAACGCUGUUGCCGAGUGCACCUGGCUAUGA